CGUCACCACGCCCCGUCGCCGCGUGCCCAACCUAAAUCGAUAUUGCGUUUCACACACAUUAUUUUGCAGUUAAACGUUAAUUUUUAUAGCUCAUUUAAAACUUUUAUUUAUUAACCGAUACGAAAAUUUCUUCGAAAACCGCCCAACGCGCGACGUAAACAACAACAGCUGACUUGGUAACAGCUGUUCGAAAAGUUUUACAAGUUUUUCUUUUGAUUAUAUGAUGUCGCUUAUAGACUACGCGGUUGACACGUGCGCUUCGUGAGUUCAAUCGUGGUGUUGAAGGUCAUUGCUUGCGUCGACUUUGUCGCUCCUGGGAAGUUGGCAGCUUGCGCGGGCGCGUCAUAGGUAAUGCCCUGAUCGGCGUCUGGGCGGCUCAGUACAACCUUGGUCGCCUUGAGGACAUGUCUGUGUUAUGGAUUACCAAUGCAUCGUCGUGUACACGGUCAUCAACAUCGCCCCGCCGCGGCUCACGGCAGAGACGUCAGGAUACACUAAUGGCUGCAUCACCUGGUUCAAAAAUAAAAUCAAAAGGGCGGUAGCAGUUUACUUGCACUCACUAAAGUUAACUCCUAAAAAUGGGAUUGUUCACGGGAACCUAGCAUGCAUCUACUACAAGCAAGGAUUCAUAGACCUUGCUAUAGAAACAUAUCGCCGUGCUAUUGAGUUCCAGCCAAAUUUCCCAGAUGCCUACUGCAAUCUUGCUAAUGCACUCAAAGAGAAAGGCCUUGUGUCUGAGGCAGAGGAGUGCUAUAACAAGGCCUUGCAUUUGUGCCCAGUACACGUGGAUACACUGAACAAUCUUGGAAAUGUAAAACGGGAACAAGGGAACAUUGAAGAAGCGACGAAAUUGUACUUGAGAGCAUUAGAAGUAUUUCCCAAUUUCGCAGCCACUCAUAGUAAUUUGGCAUCACUAUUGCAGCAUCAAGGUAAACUUCAUGAAGCUUUGAUGCACUACAAACAAGCUAUAUGUAUUCAACCAAAUUUUGCAGAUGCAUAUAGUAAUAUGGGCAACACUUUAAGGGAACUACAAGAUGUCUCAGGAGCUCAAUCGUGUUUUAAAAAAGCUAUAGAAAUUAAUCCUUCCUUUGCUGAUGCCCACUGUAACCUUGCGAGUAUUUAUAAAGAUUUAGGAAAUAUUACAGAAGCGAUUGAGUUCUACAAGAAUGCUUUAAAAUUAAAACCAGAUUUUCCAGAUGCAUAUUGUAACUUAGUGCAUUGCUUACAAAUAAUAAGUAAUUGGGAUAAUUAUAAUGAAAGGAUGCACAACAUUAUUACUAUAGUUGAAAAUCAGUUGUCUUGUGAAAAACUUACUUCUGUUCAUCCACAUCAUUCCAUCCUUUAUCCGUUGUCAAAUAGAGUAAGAAAAGAAAUUGCAACUAGACAUGCUAAUUUAUAUUCCGAAAAAGUCAAAAAUAUUGAGAGGUGUAAUUUUGAGUAUAAACGAGAGUUGAAUGGACGACUGCGAAUCGGAUAUGUGAGCAGUGACUUUGGUAAUCAUCCCACGUCACACUUGAUGCAGUCAAUUCCAGGUUUGCAUAACCGAGAUAAAAUAGAAGUUUUUUGUUACGCUUUAAAUCGUAAUGAUGGAACCACAUUCCGUAGUAAAAUAAUAAACGAAUCAGAACAUUUUGCUGAUUUAUCUCAAAUACAAUGUAAUGUCAAAGCUGCUGAGAUGAUAAAUAAAGACGGUAUAAAUAUAUUAAUUAAUAUGAAUGGGUAUACUAAGGGCGCGAGGAACGAAAUAUUUGCUUUGCGACCGACACCUAUACAAGUAAUGUGGUUAGGGUAUCCUGGUACAAGUGGGGCAGAUUACAUGGAUUAUAUUGUAACCGACAGAGUUUCUUCACCGAAAUCAUCAGAAAAUGAUUUCAGUGAAAAAUUUGGGUACAUGUCUUCGACUUAUUUUAUUGGGGACCACAAGCAAAUGUUUCCACAUUUGAAAGCUCAAUAUAUAGUAAACGUAGAAGAACAAAAUUGCCUUGAUGUAAAUAAUGCGUUUAUUAAUUGCGCUGAAGACAUUCAUAUUGAGAACCUGUUUUGUACGAAUGAAUUUAGAUCUUUAGUAGAGUUUGAAAAUUUUAAACCCAUCGAAUUAUGUAUAAGAACAAUAGACAUUCCGAAAUAUGUUGUUGAAAUGACAGGAAAUCCUAAUCAAGUUGAAGUACUAGUCAAAGGAACUCCUAUACAAAAUGGUAUUUCUAUAAAUUUUUCCAAUAAAAAAGUUGCUUCUGGUGAAGAUAUAAGAAGAGACAUAGUAAUUACGACAAGAAAACAGUAUGGUCUUCCAAAUAAUGCUAUUGUAUAUUGCAACUUUAAUCAGUUAUAUAAAACGGAUCCCCUCAUAGUGGAAACAUGGAUCAAUAUCUUAAAAAAUGUGCCAAAUAGUGUUUUGUGGCUUUUGAGUUUUCCUGCAGCCGGGGAGCCAAAUAUUCGAAAGUUCGCACAAAAUUUAGGAUUGGCGCCCAACAGAAUAAUAUUUUCGAGAAUAGCUUGCAAAGAAGAGCACGUGCGAAGGGGUCAGUUGGCAGAUGUUUGCCUCGAUACCCCUCUGUGUAAUGGCCACACGACUUGUAUGGAUGUGCUGUGGGCUGGUACUCCUGUGGUAACACUUCCUGGGAAAACUUUAGCAUCUAGAGUUGCUGCCUCCCAGCUGAAUGCAUUAAGCUGCUCAGAGUUGAUUGCCAAAAGUCGCCGGGAAUACGAGGAUAUUUCUAUUAAACUUGGAACAAACACUGAGUUUCGAAGAUAUAUGAGAGCCAAAAUAUCAAAAUCGCGUUUAGAGAGUACUUUGUUUGAUUGCGAACACUACGCCAGGGGUUUGGAAUCUCUUUAUGAAAAGAUGUGGAAAAAUUAUGAAUCUGGCCAUGCACCGGAUCAUUUAAAUGCUUUUGAAGAACAAGAGAUUCAAUAAAAGAAAGAAAAGAGCAUUUACAGAAUACGUAAAAAUCACAUCAAGCCCUCCGUCCAAAAGCUCUCCGUUUCGUGAACGGUUCUUCGUGUUUAGUAUAACCUUCUUAAAAGUCUUAAUAUCAAGAUAUUUUGAAAUUACCAAUUGUUGUCAUACUUAUGCCUAAUAUAUUAUACUAUUUAUAAACUGCUUUCUUGAAAAUUUUAUUUUAUAUUUUAAAAUUCAAUAAAAAAUAUCAAAGUUGUGGAUUUAUUACGGGUAUUAUUUUAGAAGAAGGAAACAUGAGAAAUAAUAGAUCGUUUACUUAAAAAAUGAUUUAUUUUUUCAUAUCAUUUUUACUUAGUAAUAAUCAUUUAUGAGUACACAAAUGACUAUAGUGUCGCUAAUAAUAAAAGUUAUAAUAUAAAACUCAUUUUGCAAAAUAUGCUUAUUAAGUUAUACAUUCGGUAAUAGUAUCUAAGUUAAAAAAUAUAAUUCAUAAUAUUAUCGGUGAAAAACGAUAUUGACUCGGGUAAGCUUACCUACGAAUUAUAAAGCGUAUUGCAUGUUUAUAAUGUGGUCUAUUGUAUUGCUUUUGUUAUUUAGAAUUAUAUUUCAUGAUUAUUAUAAUUCAUGCUCUUUUAAAGAUUCUUUCUUCAUAAGCAUAGUACAUUCAAUACUUCGUAUCAUGAGAGCUUGCAUGAGGAAAAAUUAUAUUGUUAUACCAUUACAUACAAUCUUAAAAUUUUGUAGUUGGGACUAGUAAAAAAAUUUGAAUGUUUUAUUUUCAUGCAAAUUAAAAAUCUAUUUAAAUUAAUGAUUCUGAUUUUAGAACAUUCUUUAAUUUUAUCCUGUGAUUUUCAUAGUUAUCAUACUCAUGUAUUAGUAUCAGUGUAAAUUAUCUAUCUCUAUAAUAUUACUAUAGAAUGCAAAUAUUUGGUGGUAAUUUUUGAGGUAACACAUUGGUUGUAAGCGUCAAGUUACUUUAUAAGAUAACAACAUCAAAUUAUGUAUAUCAGGAAAUUUGCCUGAACAUUUAAAAUAAACUCAAAUGUUCAAUUUUAAAUGUUUUCAUAACUUUUGUCAUGUAAACAAAUUCAAUUAAAAAAAGAUCGUCAGAUCUGCUUUAUUGUUAGAAUAUAAGUUUUACAUCAAUAUCGAAAUAAAAUUGAAAUAGAAUUUAACAAAUAUUUUACGAAACGUAUAGUUUUAUUGCAUUUUAGUUUUAAGCGUAAAUAUUUUCUACGAUCUUCAAUGUUAUGAAAAAUUAAUAGAGGUCAUUGUUACAAACAUUCUGCUAAUUUUUUGUAGAAUUAUUUUAUAGGGCCAAAUAAUAAUUAGCCGAUUAUAAUUUAUUGCCAGUUUUAGAUUGAUGUAUUUACUUUUUUCUAAUUUGACUAGGCUAUAUUUUUGAGCCGUUUUUCAAGUAUUAUUAUUAAUUACUUAUAGAACUAAAUUAAUUUAUUACAGUGCAUUAUUAGACUUGAGUGUAAACGGAUGACAAUAUAAUUUGAAAAGAUGUUUUAAAGUGAGUACAUAUGACGGCGCUAUACUAAUCUUUAAAAGUUAUUAGUAGAUUUAUGAUGUGUUUUGGUAGUUUCGAGUGAUAAGGUUAUAAGUAGGUACCUAGGUAAAAGUGAAGAAUGUUUUGAAUGUGUGAUAAUAAACGAAGAAAAAUACUAAAUCUAAUUAUGUAAGUACCUAAUGACAUAUUCAUUGUGUAAAAGUGCAUUCACAUUAUGUAUUAAAAUAUUUUUUCUUCAUAAGACUUUUAUUAAAUGCUAUUGUUAAACUAGUCAAUCGGCAUUGAAUUAUAUGUCAAUAAUUUAUUUGCAAUCAAAACUUAUUAAAUAUAUAAAUGAGACUUAAUUUGAGGAGUGCUCAAUCCAACGCGGUCAACACAAACGAAAAAUCAAACUCAAACCAAGUCUCAUUACUUAGUACUUAUCAUAUAAUAUUAUUUUCUGUUAUUGUAAUUAAAAUACAGCAAUAGGAAAACUUAAAGCUACUGACAAUAUGAAUGAGAAAUGGUAAAAUUGUUGAUAAAUUUACAGUUUAAAUUGCUUGGAUUUAUUGACAAUUGAUUUGAGUAGAUAUAUUGUAAUACAACUAAAAGGAAUAUUGUUUUAAAAUUAAAAGGUUAAUUUAAAGAAUUUAAGACAGUUUCUAUGAUUGAAAUAAUAAUUGAAAGAUAUUACAUACAUCUUGGGUACUUAAUGCGAAUACACGUUUAC